AUGGCUCUUGUUCCGUACGUAGAAAAUUCGUUACCUGUUCUUUCCAAACUCCACAAUUCAUCAGCACAGUUUCGGUUUGCCAACCACGACCUCCGUCUUGCCCAGGACUGGAAGAAGCUCGGGGUAGCAGCAGUUGUGUGGGAUGCGGCAGUUGUCAUGUGUAUGUACCUGGAGAUGGGGAAGGUGGAGUUAAAGGGGAAGGGGGUCAUUGAACUGGGAGCUGGCACAGGACUGGUAGGCAUCGUAGCAGCCCUGCUGGGUGCCAAAGUGACCAUCACUGACAGAGAGCCUGCCCUGGACUUCCUCUCUGCCAACGUGAAGGCAAACGUGCCCCCAGACUCCCAGGGCUCGGUGGUUGUGUCUGAGCUGACUUGGGGCGAGGGCCUUGAACGUUACCCGGCUGGGGGAUUCGACGUGGUGCUGGGAGCGGACAUUGUUUACCUGGAGGACACCUUCGUGCCGCUGCUGCAGACUCUGGAGCACCUAUGUUCGGACAGCACCGUGGUGUUGCUGGCCUGUAAGAUCCGCUACAAGCGAGACACAAACUUUUUAAGCAUGCUGAAGCAGCGAUUCAUGGUUGAAGAGAUCUACUACGAGAAACAAAGGGACAUCCACGUAUAUAAAUCUUGGAAACUUCCACCUAGGAAGGAUCUGUGACCACUGGGUGUCCUAACUGGUCGGUUUUCUUUCAUUGUAGUCCUUGUAAUAAAUGUAUUUUUUUUUUUUUUUUUGCACAAGAAUCAAAUAAACAUGUUAAAAGAUUACCAGAAACACAUUUAUUAACAGCUGCCAAAAAAUGUAGUAUUUGAAUAGCUCUAACAUAAUGCACUGUAUUAUACAAGUAGGUGACAUUUAGAAAUUGUGAAUACAAAAUAAAUGAAAAGCAACAUAAAAAAAAA